GCUGAGCUUGUGAUUUGAUAGAAACCGAGUCGUGAUCAUCCGGUGUUGCUCGUGGGCGGUUAGGCGCCCUGAUUUACCUUUUACCUCUUUGGGAAAUACACACCACCGUGUCAGUUCGCGGAGUGGCUGGCUUCACCGGACGAUAAUUACCCCCUACGUUUUUCGGGGGUAGAAGUCGUUUUCUUUGGACCUUUUUUUAUCUUCCGUCGAGGCGUGUGAGAGGAAACACUCCGCUCUGACACGGGGGGAUAUCCCCAGCCCGUUCGCUCCGACGUCGUUUUUCCCAGGCUAGGCUAACGAGCCGCAGCGGUAGCUCGGCUUUACGGGUGUGUGUGUGGGGGGGUUGGAUUUCUUCCCGUCGGCGCUGGCAAAAGGGGGAACAUAAACGCCGUGAAAUGCCGUGGGACUAUGACGAGCGAAGGGAACAGAGCUGACGAAGGAGAGGGAGAUAUUCUCAGACGGUCAGUGAAGAGGUGAAAAAGUAGAGCAGUUUUCAGCAGCCCCCUCAUCGAUCAAGGAAGUUGUUUAGCUAGCUCGCUAUAGCGCGGCGUCAAAUGCCUCGCCUGAUCGUCAAGGGUCGUUUGAAACGACUCGGUUAUUAAUAGACGUUAAGUUUCACAUAACGGACCAUACCGAUGCCAACGCGUUAGCGACGAUCUGCUAGACCUGGGCGCCUUUAUAAACAAAACGGAAGCUAACUAGCCUAGCGUUAGCUGCGGGGUGGAGGGUUGUAAACAAAGGGUUCCCGGCUUCGAGUGACCGCUGUCCCCCCUCCUCCCUCUUUGUUUUACCGACACCUUUACCAUUUGAAUCCGAACACCGAGGCUCGCCGUCAGACAUGGAUCUAAAGACGGCGGUGUACAACGCGGCCAGGGACGGCAAGCUGCGUUUGCUUCAGAAACUGCUGGAGAACAAAGAUGGACACGAAGUGACAAAGCUGAUGGGCGAGAAGACGAACGGGGCCACCCCGCUGCUGAUGGCCGCCCGGUACGGCCACCUGGACCUGGUGGAGUACCUGCUGGAGUGCUGCUGCGCUCCGGUCGAGGUCGGGGGCUCGGUGAACUUCGACGGGGAGACGAUAGAAGGGGCGCCCCCGCUGUGGGCUGCCUCGGCGGCGGGCCACCUGAAGGUGGUCCAGUCCCUGCUGGGGCACGGGGCUUCCGUCAACAGCACGACCCUCACCAACUCUACGCCCCUGAGGGCGGCCUGCUUCGACGGGCACCUGGAGAUCGUGAAGUACCUGGUGGAGCACAAAGCCGACCUGGAGGUGGCCAACAGACACGGCCACACGUGUCUCAUGAUUUCUUGUUACAAGGGCCACAAGGAGAUAGCCCAGUACCUGCUGCAGAAAGGCGCGGACGUCAACAGGAAGAGCGUAAAAGGCAACACGGCGCUCCACGACUGCGCCGAGUCGGGCAGCCUGGAGAUCAUGCGGAUGCUGCUGCAGUACGGCGCCACCAUGGAGCGCGACGGCUACGGCAUGACCCCGCUCCUCUCCGCCAGCGUCACCGGCCACACCAACAUCGUGGACUACCUGACCACGCACCAGCAGGUGGGUCUGACGCUCCAACGGAGGAGGGCUCGGCCGUUUUGUGUUGGGAGUCCGUCGCUGAAGUGUUUUUUUUUUUUUUUCCUCCCCCCGCAGACGAGUCACACGGAGCGCAUCGACGCCCUGGAGCUUUUGGGAGCAACUUUCGUCGACAAGAAGCGAGAUCUGCUCGGUGCUUUGAAGUAUUGGAAGAGAGCCAUGGACCUCAGGUACACGGACGGCAACAACGUCGUCCACAAGCCGGAGCCCAAGCAGCUGAUCAUGGCUUACGACUACGCUAAAGAGGUCACCAACGGGGAGGAGCUGGACGGGUUGAUAUCCGACCCGGACGAGAUGCGCAUGCAGGCGCUGCUCAUCCGCGAGAGGAUCCUCGGGCCGCAGCACCCGGACACCUCCUACUACAUCCGCUACCGGGGCGCCGUCUACGCCGACUCGGGGAACUUCGAGCGCUGCAUCAACCUGUGGAAGUACGCGCUGGAAAUGCAGCAGAGCAACCUGGACCCGCUGAGCCCCAUGACCACCUCCAGCCUGCUGUCCUUCGCCGAGCUCUUCUCCUUCAUGCUGCAGGACCGGGCCAAGGGGCUGCUGGGGACGUCGGUGUCCUUCGACGACCUGAUGGGGAUCCUGUCCAAGAGCGUGCUGGAGAUCGAGCGGGCGGUGAAGCAGACGGGGCCGGUGCAGCCCGACCCGGCUCAGCUCAGCAAAGCGCUGUCUAUUAUCCUCCACCUCAUAUGCCUUCUGGAGAAGGUGCCGUGUGCUGCUGAGCAGGACCAUUCCAAGAAGGAAACCAUCUAUAGGUUCCUGAAGCUCCAGCCAUGCGGGAAGAAAGGUUUCAGCCCCUUACACCUGGCAGUGGACCGCAACACCACCUGUGUGGGCCGCUACCCGGUGUGCAAGUUCCCCUCCCUGACGGUGGCCUCCAUCCUCCUGGAGUGCGGGGCAGACGUCAACAGCCGGGACGAGGACGACAACAGCCCCCUCCACAUAGCUGCGUCCAACGGUCACCCGGACAUCAUGAACCUGCUGAUCUCCUGCGGCACUCACUUCGACAGCACCAACGCCUUCCAGCAAACCGCCUGCGACCUCCUGGACGAGAAGGAGCUGGCCAGGAACGUCAUCCAGCCCAUCAACCACACCACGCUGCAGUGCCUCGCUGCCAGGUCCAUCAUCAAGCACAGCCUCGACUACCGGGGAAACAUCCCCGAGAAGCUGGAGGCCUUCGUCUUGCUCCACAGAUAAUGACCGCACAGGGAGUGGGCUCCGACGGACAGAGAGGAGGGGAUAAAAAAAAAAAAAAAAAAGGGAGCGCGAUCGCCAUCGAGUCGACCCGGAACACAACAACGGGGAGAUUUGCAGACGCUUUCACCCACAGGGUGGUUUACACAACACAAGACUGUUAUCUGGCUUUGGUCGCAAGACGAAACUCGCACUAAACGCCCAAUUAAUGCAGGACGGACUGAAUUUACCGACAGAGCGGCGACUCCGGCCGCCGUUGGGGAUGUAUUAGAAACACGUUGCAACAUGGAUUAUAAACCUUUUUUGUUUCUUUUAAUGAACCAAACAGAUGAAUUUGCAUAUUUUUUUUUUUUUUUGCUUGAUGAGUUUUUUUUCUUUUUUUUUUUUUUUUUUGGUUUUUAAUGUUCCACAAUACUAUUUAUUGAAUGAAACUUGAGAGAUUUUUCUCCAUGCUCGGCUCUAACCCAGUCUCGCCAUCACCCGCUUCUCUGCUCUCCAGUCUCAAGGCCUCUCUGCAAAAAAAAAAAAAAACGCCGGGAUUUCAGGUUACUAUUACCAUUUUUUGUUCUUCCUUUUAGGUUUUUUUGCUUUUCCCCCCCUUUCCGUUGCCAACUGACCUGAACUCUUCCUCAUCCGCCGUUGUUUUUUUUUUUUUUUUUUUUUUUUUUGUACUUUGAACGCCUCACGCAGAGCUUUUGUCCUCCUUUCUCUUAUAGAUCGGGACGCUUUUGCGGUCGUUUUUUGUCUUUUCCCGCUUCUACGUGUUAACAAAGCUUUACGAGGGGCAGGCGGACGGAGGGGGUUCAGAGUGUGCAAACACCGUAAGUGCUUUAUUUUUUUCCCCUAUGCACAGGCUGGGCUGUUGGAACGAGACUGUUCUAUUCUGCGCCGGCACACGUCUGUGCAAUAUCCCCAUGAGUUUUGUUUUCCGUUUACGUCGUCGCUUCCCGUCGUCGCCGGCUCCGGGUGGAGGUGAAACCCCUCGAUGCUGACUUUUGUGAGGAGAGCGAGCGACUGGUGCACAAAGUGUGUGUUUUUUUUUUUUUUUGUUUUUUUUGCGCGUUGUGUUUCUUGUACGCAGUGUUUCGAUGAGCUCACACAAACUGAGAACGGGAGAGUGGGCGUGGAAGGCGACUCCACGUUGCACGCGACCGCAGAGGCCGAACUACGCGAUUCGUACACAAAAGUGUAUGUCAAGCCGUAAAAAACGCGCGCUCGUGUAAAAUACGGGUUGGAACCGCGCGUUAUUGUACGGCCGAUUAUUGGCCUUUACGGCUUGCCAUAAAAGUGACCUCACGACGUUCGAGCGUGGCGGGCCUUUAAAGCGCCGCCAUUUUUCUUUACUUUUUUUUUUUUUUUUAUUGAACCCAAUCACAAAGGCAGAAAAGCACGGGUAGCUCGCUACCGUUCACCCCCCCCCCCCCCCCCCCCCCCCUGCCGUGCAUGUGCAGCAGCGUUCUCGGCUCGUCGCUGCAGGAGACCUCGCAUGACGACUCCCAGCAGACUUCAGGCUGCAGCUGGAUCAUCUUGUGCAAGCACUAGAAAAGCAAGGGAGCGAAGCAGAAGAAGAAGAAGCCUCGAUACGUGGAAUUGUAAAGCUUUGAUCAUCAUGUUUGCACAUUUAGCUCUAGAUGUGUGGGUUGAGGAAGGAAAAAAAGGGCUUUUCAUAAUUUGUAGGAUUUCAUAUUGCAGUUCAAAACACGAAAGAAAAUGUACUAGGGCACCCAGGGCAACUUGAUUUGAUCUGCACUUUACUACAGCGGAGAUUAAGAUUUGAUAUGGCAUUAAUCAAGUUCAUGUCUUAAUUACCAGUUUGACAAUAAAGUCAUGUUGCAUUUGU